AUCAUCAUAGAUAUUAAUAUAAUAUUAAUAUAAGCAUUACUUAAACUACAAAUCAAAUCAAUUUAAACAUGUACGGAAGAGGCUACGGCGGUUAUGGAGGUGGUAUGAGAUAUGGAGGAUAUGGAGGUGGGUACAGAUCAGGUUACUCACUGUAUGGCUCAUCAUCUACUAGACGCUACCAGAAUACCACAUCAUCAUCGCAAAGAUAUUCGAACAGCUCUGCUAGCAGAUCCAACUACAGCAAUUCGCAAUCAACGAGAAACUAUAACCAACUGAGUAACGGGUCUGCCAGUAGGUACAACAACUCCAAUAGCAACAGUUCGAGCAGCAGGUAUAACAAUAACAACAACAAUUCAUCAAACAAUCAAAACUCUAACCAGUCCAAUACAAACUACCAAAAUGGAAAUUAUAACUCCAAUACAAGAUACAAUGGAAAUGGUAAUAGUUCCAACAAUUCAGCUAAUCAAACCCAAAACCAACCCCAAAGAGUAAGAGUCAGAAGAGGUUGGCAUCCUUUAAGGUGGCCAAUGUUUUUCAUGUUUUGGAGAACUAUGAACAGACCUCCGGUCCCUGCCCAAGCUCCUGCUCCCCAAACUGUGAACAACACUACAAUCUAUCAAGUACACAAUCCACCUAACGACGAAGGAGCACAUCAAAUGCACAAUCCACCCAAUGAACAAAGAGUACCGCAAAAGAUGCCACUGGAUGUGGAUAACUUUGAUGCUCCACCACCACCAUAUGACGGUCACCAUAAAGAUCCUACAGCAGUAGUAGCGUAGUAUAUAGAUUCUAAAAUAUAUUUUUUUGUUACU